AUGUCUACUUCUACAAUCUCCGAGCCGGAGAAGCAACACCAUGACACCGACACCGACCUGAUUGUCGCCGCGCUGGAAAACCCCCAGCACAUCCAAAAGGUCGUCAGCGAGGCCAUCAUCCUAGGCGGCGGGGCCGCCGCCAUCCUGCUGCAAGUCGCCCACCCGGGCGUCGCCAAAGGCGUCAACUACCACAGCAGUUUCGCCACGCGCCCCGUCGACAGACUGCGCACGACAAUGACCUACGUCUACAGCAUGCUCUUUGGCACCGCCGCUGAGAAGAAGAAGAUCAUCGAGCUGGUGCACCGCGCCCACGCCUCUGUGCAAGGGCCAGACUACCAGGCCGACGACCCAGACGCACAGCUCUGGGUAGCGGCCACUCUGUAUGGCGUGGGGAUCGAUAUCUACGAGCAGAUAUUUGGGCCGAUGGACGACGAGCGCGCGGAGGAGGUCUACCGCGAGUAUGUCGUCCUGGGUGCGUCUCUGCGCGUUCCGCCCGAAAUGUGGCCCAAGAACCGCGAGGCGUUUUGGAUAUACUGGGACGAGCAGGUAGCGACGUUUGAGAUCUGUGACGAGGCCAAGAAUGUCGCCCACGACCUGCUUUAUAACCCCAAGCUGCCGUUCUAUUUCAAAGCGCUGAUGCCGACGCUGCGGAUGAUGACGACGGAGAUGCUGCCGCCCAGGCUGAGGGAGGCGUAUGGGCUGAAGAGUACGAAGAGCAAGAAGAGGCUUUACAAGUCGACGAUGGCGAUCACCAAGGCGACGUACCCGUUUAUGCCCAGGGCGGUUCGCACGUUCCCGGUCAAGUUCUACAUGAAGGAUAUGCGCAAGCGGAUGGCCAAGUAUGGGGAGCAGCAGCGCAAGAUCUGA